AAAAACAGUAAAAGAGUGCAGAGAGAAAUAGUGAAAGAAUGCAUUAUUAGUAACAAAUCUGUAAUUGAAUAAUCAGUGAAUUGUGCAUUACCCUGCAGCUAUUUCACAAAAAUUCAAAAUGCGCACACAACUAAUGUAGCUGCUGUGGCUUUUCCACCAAAUCAAAAGAAAAUCGGUACAAAAGGAAAACAAAAUACACAGCCAAACGCGAAUGUAAAUGUGAAGCACAGGGCAAAUUUCAUUGCAGCCAGCAGCGUCGCAGAGACAACAACCUAGCAGCAGCAGCAGCAGCAGCAAGGCAUCAGCAGCAGCGGACGGAGAUAAGCAGCAAGGCAGCUGCACGCACUGAUAACAAUUGAUACGGAUUACCGAAUACCCGAAUACUGGUUCCGAUUCAAUCCAAGUGUCUCCUGCGCAGCGGCAGCAGCCACCUUAUCGCUUAUCAUUGACCGAGCAUGUCGCACGGCAGCGCCGGCGCGCAAACUGUUGGCGGUGGCGUUGGCGGCGGCAGUGUCGGCGGCGGCAGCUUGGGCGGAGCAGCGGCGGCAGCAGCAGCAGCUGGCUCUGAAUAUCGGGAACUGCAUUGGACUGUGUCGAGCGUGAUGGACUCCUCUCGCGUAUCCACCUGCCUAAUAUCGAUGCUGCUGAUUGUUUAUGGCAGCUUUCGCAGUCUCAACAUUGAGCAGGAGGCGCGGGAGCGAGAGCAAAAGAAACGCAAUGAAUCCAUGACGAAUCUGCUAACUGGCGAGCAUGUCGAGAAGGAUCCGACGGAUAAGUUUGCCACGUUGGAUACGAUGCACGCGCUGUGCCUGCCACUGGGUGCUUCCAUAUCGCUGCUCAUCAUGUUCUUCUUUUUUGACUCAAUGCAGCUGCUCUUUGCCGUGUGCACAGCCAGUAAGUGGAGCAUGUUAUGUUUUAUGCGCCCAUCUGCUCACUUUAUCCGUAUAUUCACAGUUAUUGCCACUGUGGCGCUGGCAUUUCUGCUCUUGCCCAUGUGCCAGUAUAUAAUACGUCCGUGCACGGAUGGUAAACGCUUCUCCUUUGGCAUCUGUGGACGUUUUACGGCAGCGGAGCUAUUCAGCUUUACACUCUCCGUCUCAAUUGUGUGCGUAUGGGUGCUUACUGGGCACUGGCUGCUUAUGGAUGCCAUGGGCAUGGGCUUGUGUGUCGCCUUUAUUGCGUUCGUGCGAUUGCCCAGCUUGAAGGUGUCGACGCUGCUGUUAACCGGCCUGCUGAUCUAUGACGUUUUUUGGGUAUUCCUUUCAUCGUACAUAUUUAGCACAAAUGUGAUGGUCAAGGUGGCCACACGACCCGCCGAGAAUCCCGUUGGCAUUGUGGCGCGCAAAUUGAAUUUGGGCGGCAUUGUGCGGGACACACCGAAGCUAAAUUUACCGGGCAAACUGGUUUUCCCCAGCAUUCACAACACGGGCCAUUUCUCGAUGCUCGGCCUGGGCGAUGUGGUUAUGCCAGGUCUCCUGCUGUGCUUUGUGCUACGUUAUGAUGCCUAUAAAAAGUCACAGGGCUUUACAUCGGACCCAACACUAUCACCGCCAAAGGGUGUUGGCUCCAGGUUGACAUAUUUUCAUUGUUCCUUAUUGGGCUAUUUCCUCGGUCUGCUAACGGCAACGGUCAGUUCGGAGGUCUUUAAGGCCGCACAACCCGCCUUACUCUAUUUGGUGCCGUUCACGUUAUUGCCACUGCUGCUGAUGGCCUAUUUAAAGGGCGAUCUGCGACGCAUGUGGAGCGAACCGUUUAUAGCGCAUCCAACAUCAAAACAAUUGGAAGUCUGAGUGUACUCUAUCUUAAAUCAGAAUUAAUGAAAAACUUAAAAAAAAAACAGCAAAAAAAAAGGAGAAAAACAAACAGAAAACAGAAAAUGAAUUCUCUAUCGAUAACAAACGUAUUGUUUACUUAUACGUAUCAAGGUUUUUUUAAGUUAGGUGAUCCACUUUUUAGUGUAGUGAAGUAACAGCAAAACCGAAUAAUAAAUGUACGUAGUUUUAGUAUAAGUGGGAAAGUUUUUUUGAAAACCACACACACAAAUGUACAUGUAUGUAUAUGUUAAUGUAAUUUCUUUACGCUUUACGCUACGCAAAGCAAAAAUUAGAAACAGUUUAUGCUGGCCGUAAUAUUCAAUUUGACGCAUACGAAAGAUUUCAGUUGCGCUUCAAUCUCAUACAGACUCAAGCUGCAUUCUUACUUACAUACUAACCUGCAUAUGCUAUAGUAGGGGUUUAGUAUUAUAGUUUUUUUUUGUUUUCAUUUAGCUACUACUGUUGAGAUUUAUUUUGUUCAUUUAGAUUUAAUGCAUUUUCAACAUUUCCAAUCACAUGAUCAACAAGCAUAAAUUCGCAAAAUUUCAAAUUCGAAUCAAUUAUCAAACUGUAUGACAAUUUCUGUAAAUACUUAAUUUUAAUAUCACAAUCACAAAUAAUAGUUCGUAAGUGCGCCGCAUUUAAAUUCACAUUUCGAUUUUCUUUCAACAAACACAUUUGCGUCCCCAUUUCCAUUUUCUGCAUUCGAAUUUUUCACACAUACAUAUAAAAAUGAUAUUUUGCCAAAAUGCAUGUGUUCGUUUUAAACAAUAAAUAUUAAAUGGAGAAAAACAAAGAAACAAAAAAAUAUGUUGCACUCGGGUGUUUCACAAAUUAAGUUUCAAGAAUUUUAAUUAUUUAUAACGAUCAAGCAAAACUAACAAUAAUACAUAACUAUAAAUAUAUGCAUAGUAGUUACAUUUUAAUUGUAAGUAAAUGCAAUUUCGAAACAUAUAGAAACAAUAAAAAUGUGAGAUUUGAACAUAAACCAUUUAAAUAAAUGUGUUCACCUUAUUACUGGGUAUUCAAGGUCUGACUACUGCGGCUGUAAUUCGUUAAUUAAUUGACAUUAAACAAUAUUGGAAAUAAAAGUUAGAUCAGAUCUAACUAUAUCCCUUACUGAAAGCAACAGUUUGGUAUCUAUUGAUCGUAAAUUCAAAUUUGCGCUUAAAACAAAAAAUACUAAACAGCUAAUAUUCGACUAAUCGACUUAUUCGAUAAUUAGGGCGUAAUGGAGGUGUACCGAUAAAAUUAAAAAUAGCGAUUGAUAAUAUUGGUGGUGUCUGGACGAUAGACGAUUAUAUUGCGUUGUGUUUUUCUUCUGGAAAAUAAAUUUAUAUUAGAAGAAAUAGUGAAUAAUUGCAACAACAAAAUUAAGUGAAAAACCUCAUGU